AUGCAGGCCACCCCUGACGAUACGUUCUUGUAUAUAACGCCAAUUGGCUAUAGGAAAUCACUUAACUGCGGCUACUGCCGAACCCCAGGUUCUGGCCAUUCCUACUUUGCACGUUCGUCAUCUAUGACCCCAGCCACCUACCAGACUUUGAUCGAUCGGUGCUGGAGGCGGUCCGGAUCACUUCUUUACAAGACAAACCAACGGGAUGCUUGCUGCCCACCCUAUACUCUUCGUGUCGACUCCAGCCGCUUUCGGGCAGGGAGGGAUCAACGGCAGGCCGUCAACCGCUUCAACAAAUACGUGAUAGGCGAUGCCUACGCAAAGGUAGCCGCUCGCCUUUAUCCAAAGUCACGCGAGCAGGCUAGGAAGCGGGAUACCGAGUUCGACUUGGUCGAAAGAAUUCAUGAGAGCGAAGCUAGAGUAUUGAAGCAGCCGCCUGCGCCUGCCCACACUUUUACCGUCACCCUGGAACCUGAUGAUUUCACCGAGGAGAAGUAUCUCUUAUUUGCGAACUAUCAACAAGUUGUCCACCGAGAAGCUCCCUACUCUACCACUCGUUCAGAGUUUAGGAGGUUUCUCUGCCGCUCGCCGCUGAAGCAGCAACAAUUUACGGCGCCUGACGGACGGCAGCGUCAGCUGGGCUCCUUCCAUCAGUGCUACCGACUUGACGGGAAACUGGUAGCGAUAGGCGUCCUGGACCUUCUUCCUGAUUGCGUCAGUGCCGUCUACUUUCUAUAUCAUGAGUCCAUCCACAAAUUCUGUCCGGGGAAGCUCGGAGCUCUUCAAGAGAUAGCACUGGCUAUAGAAGGAGGCUAUCGAUGGUGGUAUCCCGGCUUUUAUAUCCGCACGUGUCCUAAGAUGAAGUACAAGAUGGAUUUCUCGCCACAACAAAUCCUUAAUCCAGACACCCUGGAGUGGGUAGACGUAACUCAGGACAUCCUCAGCAAGUUUGACAACCAGGGUUACUUAGAUUUUGGUAAGAACGGAGACGGCACGGAAGGGGCUACUACGCUGCCGGAAGUUAGGGGCAAUGCCGACAGAAUGUCAGGUGUUAAGGACGAUGAGAGCGACGAGGAGGCGUCCCUAUUCCACAGCAAUAUGCCGGGGAUUCCAUCGCUAGAAGAUAUGAGCUCACUCGACUUGGAUCGCCUCUUUACGCGUCUCAACUCAGAAUGCUGUUAUGCCGUCGACCUAUUCGAUUGGCACGACGAAAGCAUCCGCGACAAGAGUACGACUAAGGCAACGGUGGCAGAGCUGGUGGCAGCUGUCGGCCCGGAGUUUAUGGAUAUUAUAUGUCUGGACUUCGAUAACCCUAGAAGAGACUCAGAGUCCUAG